UGAGACUAUUGAAGCCUUUUAUUAGAUGCAAGGAGUCAAGGACUUCAUUAUAUGUAGGUUAGUCUGUCAACACUAGGUGUUCACCCAGGCAUUCUAGGUCCUAAGGAUGUAAAGUUGCAUAGGUACCUAGCACCUAGGUGGGCCCUUCUUUGCAACCAUCACCAAUCGCUUUACAAGCAUUACACAAUACAGAUCUGCAUGCCUUCGUUUAUUCUAGAAGGCGAGCAUACAGUAUUUUCAAAUGUAUAUAAAACACCAUUAUUUUCUCUUGGCUUAUGGCUUUGGUUUAAUUUAAUUAUAAUCAUACCUUCCUAAUAAAUCCUGCCUUAAUUAAUAAGAUUCCCAGUGUGCAAACCACUUACAGCAAAUAAUAGAAAAAAUAAUAGAAAAAAUUCAUGAAUACUAUCAAGAACACCAUGUCAAAGACACUCACCCACGCUAAGAUCACCCCCCACCGGUCCACUGCUCGGGGGCACUCAGAUCACGGAUGGCUCAACACCUACCACAGCUUCUCCUUCGCCGAUUGGUACGAACCGAGCCUGACACACUUCGGCUCGCUGCGGGUGCUGAACGAGGACCGGGUGAAGGCCAAUUCAGGGUUUCCCACACACCCUCACCGCGACUUCGAGAUCUUUAGCUACAUCCUGUCGGGCGAGCUGACCCACCGCGACAGCAUGCUGCGCAAGGGUGCCGAGGGCGCAGCGGGGUCGGACAAGUUCUACCGGAUGCGCCGCGGGGAUGUCCAGUUCACCACCGGCGGCUCGGGCAUUGCCCACUCCGAGCAGAACGAGCACCCCAGGGACACCGUCCACUUCCUCCAGAUCUGGGCCAUCCCCUGGAAACGUGGCCUAACCCCGAUAUACCACACCCGCCAUUUCGACGACGCGGAAAAACGCAAGGCCUUCGUGCCGAUCUUGAGUCCCCUUAAAGGUGGGCCGGACGCCACGUUCGAGCAGGAGAAAGCGGCCGAACCGACAAUAGAGGGCACCAUACCCAUUCAUGCCGACUUCGUCAUGGGGGCGGGCUUGAUUGCGCCGCAGCAGAAGUUCGAUUGGAUUGUGGGAGCCAAGGCCACGGAGAGCACGAAGCGGAAGGUGUAUGUGCAUGUUCCGAUGACGAAGAACGGAAAGACAAAAGUCCGGCUAGAUGGUCGGGAUGACAUUUUGAACGAGGGCGAUGGCGCGUUUGUCGACGGUGUCCAUGCUGGAGAUAGGUUGGUAGUGGAAAGUGUUGGCGAAGUGGAAGCGGAGGUUGUGGUGUUGGAUACGGCGUGAAAUGCUAAGUAGAUAUAUAGCCAUCUCGGCGUCAAACUCUAAUUUAUAAAAUAAAUAUCAAAAUUUCAACGCUCCAUCAUCGCACUAAUAUCUUGAAACCUAUAGCUUGGGUGACUGCGAACUCAAGCAGUCAAUGGCAGCCUACCUAGCCGUUGAUGAGAUUCGCGACAAUGCUGUGCGCCGGAUAAUGUAGCUGUGGCCCAGCGGCAGCCGAUAAGCGAGAUCCCCGGCAGGCGGCAUGGUGCGUUCGGACACAGCAGAUGUCACUUGAGAUGAAAAGAAAGGAGAAGGAAUCAGCCACCGCCUUGCCUAUAGCUUUUAGAGAUGCAAGGUGGUGGUGAAUAUAAGGAGAAAGGUAAGCUAACGGGUAUGUCCGC